AUGCACCUCCUCAUCACCACCUUCACCUCCUCCUCAUCUCCUCACAGCCUGUCCUCAUCACCACCUUCACCUCCUCCUCCUCAUCUCCUCACACCUGUCCUCAUCACCUCCUCCUUCACCUCCUCCUCCUCAUCUCCUCACAGCCUGUCCUCAUCACCACCUUCACCUCCUCCUCCUCAUCUCCUCACAGCCUAUCCUCUUCACCUCCUCCUCCUCAUCUCCUCACAGCCUGUCCUCAUCACCUCCUGCUUCACCUUCUCCUCAUCACCUCCUCCUCCUAUAGCCUGUCCUCAUCACCUCCUCCUUCACCUCCUCCUCAUCUCCUCACAGCCUCUCCUCAUCACAUCCUCCUUCACCUUCUCCUCAUCACCUCACCUCCUCCUCCUCCUCAUCUCUUCACAGUCUCUCCUCAUCACCUCCUCCACCUCCUUAUCUCACCUCCUCCUCAUCUCCUCACAGCCUGUCCUCAUCACCUCCUUCACCUUCUCCUCAUCACCUCCUCCUCCUCAUAGCCUGUCCUCAUCACAUCUUCCUUCACCUCCUCAUCUCCUCACAGCCUCUCAUCAUCACCUCCUCCUUCACCUUCUCCUCAUCACCUCACCUCCUCCUCCUCAUAGCCUGUCCUCAUCAUCUCCUCCUUCACGUCCUCAUCUCCUCACAGCCUGUCCUCAUCUCACCUCCUCAUCUCCUCACAGCCUCUCCUCAUCACCUCUUCCUUCACCUUCUCCUCACAGCCUCACACCUCUCCUCAUCACCUCCUCCUUCACCUUCUCCUCAUCUCCUCACCUCCUUCUCCUCCUCAUAGCCUGUCCUCAUCACCUCCUCCUUCACCACCUCAUCUCCUCACAGUCUGUCCUCAUCACCUCCGCAUCUCACCUCCUCCUCCUCAUCUCCUCACAGCCUGUCCUCAUCAUCUUCUCCUCCUCCUCCUCAUCCCCUCACAGCCUCUCCUCAUCACCUCCUCCUCCUCAUCUCCUCACAGCCUGUCCUCAUCACCUCCUCCUUCACAUUCUCCUCAUCACCUCACCUCCUCCUCCUCCUCAUUUCCUCACAGCCUCUCCUCAUCACCUCCUCCUUCUUCUCCUCAUAGCUUGUCCUCAUCACCUCUUCCUCCUCAUCUCCUCACAGCCUCUCCUCAUCACCUCCUCCUUCACAUUCUCCUCAUCACCUCACCUCCUCCUCAUCUCCUCACAGCCUGUCCUCAUCACCUCCUCCUUCACAUUCUCCUCAUCACCUCACCUCCUCAUCUCCUCACAGCCUCUCCUCAUCAUCUCCUCCUUCACCUCCUCAUCUCACCUCAUCUCCUCACAGCCUCCUCUCCUCAUCACCUCCUCCUUCACAUUCUCCUCAUCACCUCACCUCCUCCUCCUCCUCAUCUCCUCACAGCCUGUCCUCAUCACCUCCUCCUUCACCUCCUCAUCUCACCUCCUCCUCCUCAUCUCCUCACAGCCUGUCCUCAUCACCUCCUCCUUCACCUCCUCAUCUCACCUCCUCCUCAUAGCCUGUCCUCAUCACCUCUUCCUUCACCUCCUCACAGCCUCUCAUCAUCACCUCCUCCUUCACCUUCUCAUCAUUUCACCUCCUUAUCUCCUCACAGCCUCUCCUCAUCUCACCUCAUCUCCUCACAGCCUGUCCUCAUCACCUCCUCAUCUCACCUCCUCAUCUCCUCACAGCCUGUCCUCAUCACCUCCUCCUUCACCUUCUCCUCAUCUCACCUCCUCAUCUCCUCACAGCCUGUCCUCAUCACCUCCUCCUUCACCUUCUCCUCAUCACCUCAUCUCCUCACAGCCUGUCCUCAUCACCUCCUCCUUCACCUUCUCCUCAUCUCCUCACCUCCUCCUCCUCAUAGCCUAUCCUCAUCACCUCAUCCUUCACCUCCUCAUCUCCUCACAGCCUGUCCUCAUCACCUCCUCCACAUUCUCAUCACCUCACAUCCUCCUCAUCUCCUCACAGCCUGUCCUCAUCACCUUCACCUUCUCCUCCUCCUCAUAG